AUGUUCCAGCCAUUCCUGACCUCUGGGUCUGGUCCUCCCCAGCACCAAUACAUGGUAGCCCAGGCCGAUGUCUCUCAACAGCCUUUGUACCCACCACCUCAUCUCUACCAGGCUCAACAAGGGCUGCAGUACACAGCUAUGCAUUAUCCAUCUGGAGGUGUUCCAGUACAAGUGGGGAAUCCCCAGCUGCCAGGCAGGGCACUGCUUGGAGCCAGUCACAUGGCUCCAUCAAUGUCUCAUGGAUACAGCAUGCAUCAAUCAUCUGUUACCAGUCCACAAAAAACAUACCAGUUCUCCUGGAAUGAAGAGCGAGCUCAAGGUCAAACUCAGGCUAUUUCUGCCGCUUUCCCACCUACCCACUCAUCUACAUCCUAUCUCUCUACCACAUCCCUCCCUGUACCUCCACCCCAUUCUGUCCACAUUAAACCCUGGAAUAUCCCCUCUAAUGCUACUUCUAGACUAGUGCAACCCACUCCACAUUCUAGUCUGGCAAACUCGCAGCAAGUGAAAUAUUUAUCUGGGCCAUCAAGCACAUACUCUACUUGGACAGCAUCCCCAGAAAAGAGAACUAUGGAUACUAUUAUAGCAGCUGGUAAUCCUCUUUCAGCAUCUGCUCUUGCUUCAAACACUGUUCCAACACCUCUGCUUGCCCCAACACCACCUCUUGCUCCAACUCCUCCGCUUGCUCCAACUCCUCCUCUUAAACCUACCUAUCAGUCACACAAUGUUCCCUUUAACAUCAAAUCUUCCUAUAUAAGGACUGAUGUUAACGCUGCUGUCACUUCUGAUGCUCCUGCAAAGAUUGAAUGCUCCACUGCCUUGCAUGAAGAGUCUGGCUCCUCUGCAGCAGAUGAUGAUGGUCCACCUAUUGCACCACACCCUUUUGCUAUGCUGAAAAAGAAUGCUUUACAAGUCAAAGUUACUGAUACAGACAUCUGCCCCGAAACAGCUGGAACUGGAACUCAAGACCAACUAGGAUCCAGGAUGGCAUCCGUGAACAAACGUUUCACAGAGAGAGUUAAAGCAGACAGAUUCAUGGAAAUCGCCCUUAAGCGUGGGAUAGUGGUAUCUGCAGCAGAAGCUGAACCUUCCAUAACACCAGAUGCCCUUGAAUCAAAGACGGGAGGUGGGACACCUUCCCAGAGUGGUGAUGACUCUGAUGUUAACUCCAUAGUGAGUGGGAAGGAAGACACAGAUGUCCACACAGACUCGGGCAGCAUUGACAGCUCUGAUGCAAAGUCAUUAACAUCUGAAGGAUGCUCAAGAAAGUCUGACGGCUGUCUUGGUGACUUCUCAAAUGAAUUUGCUAAGGUUAUCAUUGAACAUGCAUGUUGUGAACUUGAUGUUGAACUCAAUGUAAAUGCUGUCCCAUUUAAUCCUGAGCCCUUCUCUUCAAACCUUGAUGCCACUGCUAAGGAGUUUCAGUGUAGAUUCACUGCUGAAGAAGCAUCAUCAUCAGCUUCUACUUUGAAUCCUGAUAGUCCCGAGUUCAAACCUAGCUUCUUUAGAGAUAAGGCAAAGAAUAAACCUCAUCAAGAAGAUACAGAUGAAACUGAGGUAUCAGAUGAACUUGAAGUGUGCAGACUGUUCCAGAAGAACCAUUCUGCAGGUGUAGAUGUUUACAUUGCAGAUGCACCAACACCAGAAACUGAGACCCCAAAGUGUGAGGCCCCAGAGGCUGAAACCCCAAAGGCUGGGACCCCAAAGGCUGGAACCCCAAAGGCUGGGACCCCAAAGGCCGAGGCACCAGAGUCUCUAUGUCAGUCGGAUUCGUUGUGUGUCAGUGUUGGUGUGAAUACAAAGAGGAUUAGAGUAAAUGAUAUGGAAGUCCAAACCCCUCUUGCAUUUGAGCCCCGAGAAGUUGGGGUCAACACAGACGAAGUGUGUUUUAAUGAGACGUCAGAUUUCUUCACGCCAGAGAUGGCUUUGAAGAUGAAGAGUCGAGGUGUGAAUGCAUGUGUUGAGACAAGAUGUCAACAGGUCCAGGCCAAUUUAGGGCCAAAGGUGAAAAGUCGAGGGGUUCAGGUCGGGUCAGCUGAUGACCUGAUAGCCAAACAAUGUGAUGCGUGUCCAGAGAAGGAUGUACAGCUGAUUGAGGCACAGAUGCAGGUGUGUCACCUGAAGGCCCAGAUCUGCAUCAGUGAGAUGCAGCGGCAGGUGGACGACCUUCAACACAGCAAGAUGCAGAUCACAAGCUUCUUCUCUCCACAGUCUGGGGUGGACUCCUUGACGGACAUGGUGGAUGCACGAAUUGUAUGGUUACAUGAUGAAAUAGCACAGACCAAGAUCCAUCUGAUGAACUGUCUGAAGGACCUCCAGAGUGGCCGCCCGCUGUCUGCCAUCCCAGCGUUCGGUAUCAGUCUACCCACCAUGAUGGGUAAUGAAAUCUACACACCUAAAGAGCUGAAGUUUCUGAGGAGUCCAACAGAUGUAAAUCCUGAAUCUCGGCACUCACGGAUAUGUGCAUAUAAGGCAGACAAAGCUUCUGGGGAUAAUGUUUGCCUUCAGAAUACCAUGUCCAUCGAGGGACGUUUGGCAAGUGUAUCACCCCAAAUGACUGUGCCAGGCCUUAAAAAUAUACCGCCAUACGAAACUAUUUCCCUUGAUGGAGGAACUGAAGGGUUAACGCCACAGCAGAACAUGCCUUUUGAGUUAGGAUUUGAAAGAAUGUCACCUUACAAGAGUAUCCCUGCUGAUGAAACGUCUGAAGAACUCCCACCUCAUCAAACCAUACCAUUAGAUGCAGGUUUAGAAAGUAUGUCUCGCUUCCAUACAGUGUCUACUGGAGAAAGGUGUAACAGAGUACCAACUCGACAACUUGUGGAAGAAACUGUCCUUGCAAUGCAAAGGGAUAGGUCACGAACAGGCUGUAAAUCUGCUUCUCAUAUCUGUGAGUCGCAGUCAUUGAAAGAUCAGGAAUGGGAUGUCUCUGAGAUUCAUCAGUCAGGAUCACUGAGGCACCAAGAAUCUGAUUAUGGCUCUGUGUAUAAGUCUACAGCUGAACCCUCUACCAGGACAGUCCAGGAAUGUCUUUCUGUAGCAUCAGGAUCUGAAUUAUUGAAGUGUGACCCAGACCAUACUUUGUCUGUAGCAGAUGGGGAAGCUACUACCUGCUCCUCAGAAACAGCAAUGGCUGCUACAUUAGAAUCUGGUUCCAGUAAGGAGAGUUUGUUCGGCAGAGUCCCAAAUUUUGAGAUGAUAUCUUCAUUGUCUUCUGGUGAGGAUGACAAACUUGAACUAAUGUCAUCACAGUGCUCCAGCAAUUCUUCUGUCUCUGAGCCUGCAUCAACCAUUGCAAUGACAGCUUCAUCUUCUUGCAUGUCAGAAACUGAAUAUCAAUACGCUUCUGGAGAAACGUCCUUAUCCAUACAACAAGAAAAAGCUUCUGAUCCUGGCACAGGACAUUGUGUUGAGAGAGAAGACUUUUGUGUUGACAUUGUCACCAAAUCUGAACCUUAUCCUUCUUUACCAUGUAAGGAUGAUUUGAGAGAUAAUAUGAAUGUAACAUUGAAAAUUGAAGACGCGGAAACCACAAAAACUGAUAUUCCUGUCUCCCUAGAUAGUGCUCAACAAGAACAUAAACCAAGUCAAAACAAUGAAAACAUUUCAUUGCCAAAACAUGAAUCAAGACUCUCAUCCAAGGCCUCAUCAUUUAGAUCACUUCCAAAACCAAUACCCCCUCUUCCUCUGAGACUGCCCCCUAGAAAUCGGGCAGAGUUUACUAGCUCUCCUGACAGAAUCACUAGACAAGACUCUGAGUAUGAAACAGCAAGCAGUAGCUUGUCUUCUACACCUGUUGCUACAGAUACCGAGGAUAAGGCUUCUGGUGAUACAGUUGAGAAGAAACCUGAUGCAUUGAAACUGGACAAAAGCGUUCCUCCAGGAUUUAUAAGUAUUCAGAAUGACAUUGAGGAAGACACUGAUGAUGAAUGUGACAUUGACUCUGACCUUGUGAAGAAAGUCCAGACUGUCCUUCAGAACUACCAACUUGCAUCAGAGAAAGGGAAAGUGGACUCAAAGUCUUCAAUUUCUGGUUCCCCUAUCAAAUCAAGGAUAUCUCCACACAAACAACAGAACAACUUAUCUCCUGACAAGCCAAGAACCAGCUUAUCUCCAAACAAACCAGUAGAGAUUUUGACUCCUCCCCCAGAUGUACGCACUCCGUCUUCUGAUGAGGUACGCAAGGUGGUGAAUCGAGACAGCGGUGACAGAGGAUCUGUAGUGUCCCAUCUGAAGGCUAGUGCUAUGAAACGACUUGGGGUCAGACAUGCUGUAGCAGAAGAGGAACCAUCUCCAAAUCACUUUGACACAGACCUGUCAUGUUCAAGUAAUCAGGAUCAGGGCUCUGGUUUACUAAUAACAGAAACACCACAAGGAAACUUCAAUACAAAUCAUCACAUUGAUUCAUCAGAUUCAUCAGAGAUCAAUCACCCACAAGUUCAACCCAUACAACCUAUUCAGCACCAACUGCCACCAUCUCAGCAAGUAUCACAGCAGCCUUUAGAACAGGCGAUACAACCUGAUCAGUUGAACCCCAAUUUGUUCCAAGCUGUGCUGGCACAAGUUGUUAAGGCCUACCCUCAACUGGCUUCAAACCCUGUGAUGUUGCAGACAGUAUGUGUACAACAAACAAUGGUGCUGCAGUCCUAUAUGAACGUACCUGGUGGUGCCUCUGGUGUCACUCCAGGCAUUCAAGGAACACAUCCAGGAGCACAUCCUGAGACACAAUCUCAACCAGAGAACUUCCCGUCAAUACAUGAGAGUAGUGCCAGUCCACUUGGCCAGAGGACCAACCCUUUACAAGCCCCAAUAUUGUCUGAGGCUGUCAAGGCCAACAUAGCAGGAAACACAAGACCUACCGACACAGCUCAGUCAGGUGGGGCUGCCUGGAAUCCUGUAGGUCUUGUUAACAUGAUGCAAGCUCGCAGAGGAGAGUCUGAUGUUGAGCAGGCAGCAGUACCCGAUAUAAAGACUCUGAAUCCUGAUAUGUUCAAAUUUGAAGCAACUCCCCCACCUAAAGUCAAGACAUGUGGUCCAUCAGUCGUUCAGCCUGUUGUCUCUGGUACUGCCACAGAUUCAGCAAUGACACCUGCUGGAUUGAGAUCAUACCUCCUGAAGGACAGACGGUCUACUGAAGCUGCUGCAGUUAGCAGUACCAAUGUUGCUGGACAGACUACGUUAACCACUGAAGACGUCAAUCCUUUUGAGCAACAUGCACCUCCCAGCAUCACGAAAGCAGCACCACAGAGGAAGAGAUCAACCACGAAGCCUAGAAGUGGAGGUAGAAUAUCACCAGCGACUCGUGACUCCAGAGAACUCUUUCCUUCUGUGAAGGCUACCACUAUCAAAAUGGAUGAGGAUUGGGAAGAGCAGUGUGAAAAAUACCCCGAGGAGUUUACAUGUACACAAGAUGUGAAGAGACCUGUACAUUUUAGGCCUGUUGACCCUCCAAGAUAUUCAGAUGAAGACUUAGGCUCCCAGAACUCAUCAAGAAGCACCACUCCAGAAUUCUGGGACCAACCCUACAGGUCAAGGAAACUUUCACUGCCAACAAACUCAUCUAAUCCAAGACCAGGAAGCGGAUCCUUCAAAGGUAGAAGCAUAGCUGCAUCCCAGAAACAAGCAAGUGGACAAGAGGACUUCGACAAGAUGGCAGCAUCAAUCUUAGGGAGCAGCACACAAGGAUUCAAGGACUUUGGGCAGAAAAGAAACAUGUCCUGCACAGGACUUGAUGAGAUUAAGGACUCUGGUUUCAAGAUGGAACCCAAACCCAACAAGCCUGACGCUAACUUCCUUGGGAGACUCUUGAGGAGCAAUGCCAAUAUCAAUGCAAAAUUGAAGAAAGAGAAAAAAAAGAGCAAAGGAGGAGAGAAGCCUGAGCCGAAACAGGAACCUAAUCAUGAUGACGAGGAUGACUGGCAGACGGUUAGUAUGAAGAAAAGAAAGAGAGAGCAAGCACGGGGAGAACCAGCAGCAAGUAUGGCUCUUGUAACAGUCACAUCGAAGGGGCCUUCCAAAGCACCUCGAAACAACUUUGAAAAACUUGUGGAGCAUCUCACAGGGCAUUUUCCUUUCUUAUCACGGCCAGAAGUGAUUGAGCUGGUAACCUCCAUACGUUCACAGCGAGGGGGCUUGACAGGGAUGAAGUUGAAUGACAUCGUCGAUGUAGGCAGAGGCAUUGUUCAUAAAAAAAUGAUGGCCAAACUUGAACAUGAAUCUGUACCGAAGGUAACAACAGCACCAGCACAGAAAGGCAGCAACAUCUACAACACACUUGAGUUUCAGAAAUAUUACGAAACAACCAGGAAACAGCUUCCUCACAGACCGGCCAUCACGUCUCCUGGGGAUUCAGUGAAUGAUGAAGAUGUAUGUCCAAUAUGUUUUGAGGAUUUUUCUGUUGCCAAAAAGCAGAGAUUAGACUGUGGACAUGAGUUCCACAUACAGUGUAUCCGAGAGUGGGUGUUGGGCCAUGAAAGAACAUGUCCUACCUGCAGGAGAUACACGUUGUUCCAAGAGGAGUUCCCAAGACUGAAAUAAGGUGUCAGGAAGGCAGCAUCUGCCUCACAGUGAAUACGUUGUCGUGAAGCAGUAGCCACAGAUGUCACAGCAAUGGCAUCAUGGGGUAGUGAUUCAUCACGUUACGGAGAGAAGGCGUAAUACUCAUCAUCAUCUUGAAAAUUGUUGAUGAACCAGACCUUCCAUAUAAUACAUCCUCCAUAAUAGCAUCUCAGGCAUAACAGAAAUCAUUACAUUAAGUAAUAUGUACAUCUGCUUAACGACGAUUUCAUAAACACUGGGGUAUUUUUAUGGCCUGUGCAUGCUAGAGGGUUUUUAACUAAAAUCAUUAUCCCUGUACUGAACCCUUUCAUUCUGUCAUCUGCCAUUGCGUUAAAUCAGAACAGGGCGGUGGGGUAGCCUAGUGGUUAAAGCGUUUGCUCGUCACACCGAAGACCUGGGUUCAAUUCCCCACAUGGGUACAAUG